AUGGUCAAGCCAGACGUGAAGCAUAACUAUUACGCUGAUCUCGACCUGCCCACGAAUGCCAGCAUUGAAGAUGUGAGAAAAGCUUAUCGGAAGCUCGCGCUGCAAUUCCAUCCAGACCGCAAUGCAGGCAAAGAGGCCGAGUGUGUGCCUCGAUUUCAAGCCAUUCAGGCGGCCAACGAAGUGCUGUGUGAUCCCACGACCAAGGCCCGAUACGAUGCGGACCGCCGCAAGGUUGGCCUCUACCCGUCUACGACAUACAAGCCGAAUGUGCCGUCUCCUGGCAACCCAUACGCCGCUUCAUCAGCAUUCCCACCACCUCCACGCCGCACUCAGCCGGGCCAGAGCACAUAUCAACGCUCCGGUGCUGAUCGCUUCACCCACUUCCCGCGCGCAGCCAACACGGCGCCUCGGAAAGAUCCGGCAAGCGAGCGGACGGAGCAGUUCCGGGCAUGGCAAAGCAUGAACACGGGCACACAGCGACCUGCUCCACCUCCACCUCCACGUCCAGCGGCGUCUCCCAAACCGCCGCCAACGCCAAAUGGCAGACCGAACGCUCCACGACAAGACACCAAACUGCCGUCUGAAGAGCAGAUAAGAGCUGGUAUGAGGCAUGGCAAGGCGCCCACAGCAGAUACCGAGACGCUCAAUGCCCGUCAAACGGCGUGGCAGGAAUACGGCAAGAGUGGCACCAAUCGUAGCAAGAGCCAGCGUCCCGCUCCGACUACUCCGAAGAGGACGGGCGGAUUCGAUCCAAAUGCACCGGGUUCGGACGAGAGAGCGGCGCCUCAGUCGAGCCACUACCGACGAGGCAACCGAUCUGACGACUUCCUGUACCCACCACCACCSCCAGGUCCCCCUCCUGCAUCAAGUCCCCGAUCGCCAGUUUCUCCCCAGCCUACAAGACCUUUUGCAGAUCCACUUCGAUCUUUCAGACAGCGUGAGGAUGCACCAUAUAUGGAAGGCAACCGCACCAGCACCCCGUAUUCCUCGCUCAGUGGCGAGAAGACACAGUUCUCUAGCGAAGGCCUACGAAGAUCCGCCAGCACUCGCGAUACCACCGCGCUCCAUCCAGAGGGCCCAGAGAGCCCACAAAGCUCCACACGUGCCAGAAGCACGAGUCCGCUCGGACGGCAGCAAAAGCAGACUAAUGGAAAGCAGACCCGCACCCCAAGACCGCCAUCUUUCAUGCCUGGCAUGGAGAGCUCUUCCAGUAAUCCGUCGUCGGAUGCUGAACCUGCGCCUCGAGAGCGUAAGAUUGCUCAGCCGAAGCCACGCAGGGACCGCUUUCCCAACCACGAACCUUCAUCGCCACAACCCGGACCUACCUCUAACGCUCAGCCAACCCAUGAUGUUCAAUCGGAACCCGAACAGCCCGACAUGCAGCAACGGAAGAGCAGCACCAACAUAUUCAACAUUCCCAUCAAUCACGACACCUUUACGUCAACGGGCAUCAAAAGUCGGAGCGAGGAGAACAUCAACACCAAUUUCUCUCCUGAAGGCUGGAGUGGUAAGUUUGCGGGCUCGACAGACUACUUUGCUCAGGAAACACCUGGACGGAAACGAUCGCCUACUCGACGGGCUGGCUCACGGCGUGGUCUGUACACCCCAGACUCGGGCAGUGCAAGUGAGAGCAUGCCACCGCCACCUCCACCAGAUUCCACACGACCGAGACCGCAACCUCCGCUCGACUCGACAACCCCGGUGCCACUCAACGGUAAGUUUAGUGAGGAGGAGUGGAAGAGUACAUUCAAGGACGCGUMAUGGACAUGGCCGCCGCCCCCUUCAACGGCCCCUCCUACUGAUCCCAAGCCUGGUCUACGAUCGAAGGUAGGCAGCCGAAAGGCUAGCAAGCUGUCUUCAAAGUCUUCACAUCCCAGUAGUGCCAGUAAUCCGAGCAGCCAUGCUGCUUCCGGUACCCGAGACAGUCCAGUCGUGCUCGACGGUGAUGAUGUCGCGCCUGAGCCAGAGCCCGAUGCCAUGGACAUUGACACGCCCCCACCCACCCGACCUGUGUCUGAUGACUCCACGACCACGCAGCCCAUUUCAGGCGCAAAAGGAGCUCGUGUGUACUCCGUACCGAUCUCGGAAUGGCGGCAACAACAGGCAGAAGCGAAUCGCGAGAACCCUACAGCAAAACGGCAAGCACGCACGACACCAGUCGAGCCUCAGCUUACAACCAACCUCGAUGACCUUGCAAAUGUCGAGCCUAUCGCCCGUAGUGCGGACGGCGGGCUGCGAAAUCUUGCUGAUUUGAGCUCUACUCUCCCCUUCACUUCACAACCGUCGAACAGCGCGACGAGUGGGAAGGAUAGUCAGCUUCUGCAGAUUCCUCCAUUGCCGAAAGUCCCCAUGGCACCGAACAAAUGGACAAAGAGCAGCUGGCACGAAUACGCACAGCGUUUCGCAGCGUAUCUCCAACAUCAUCAUCAGUUUACGCGCACUGUUCUGGCGCACUUUGAAGCUCGGGAGAGGUUAUCCGAGGAGCGUAUGCGGGAUGCAUCAUGGUUGGAGGCUUCAGGUGAUGUCUUUGAGAGCUAUGCGAGAGAUUUGAGGCAGGAUGAGAAAGUCAGGGAGGUCUGGAACCUGGCAGAGGAGAGACACGGCGAGGCUGUCAAGGGUUUUGAAGGCAGCAGAGAGCAGAUUCGUCGCAUUGUCAACGGAGGCGGACUGGCGGACUAA